AACACCAUGUGAGCCCUUUAUAUGCCCUUGUCUCACAUAGGUCCCAUUGCUCUUAUCUCAUUGCCCUCUUGCAUUGACCAUUCAUUAAAGUAGCCAACAAUUUGUUACAUAUAUCUUUCCACCUAUAUAUAUGCAUGGCUGCAAGCACUUAAGACCAACACAAAUUCUUCAAGGCAUUUGAAAUUCAAAUCUUGCAUCUUAUAUUCACAUCUUCUUUAGACCCGUCUCCUCGUAACACAUACUACCAUGGGUUUUCGUUUACCAAGUAUUAGAAAAGCACCAUUUGCUUUAAACCAAGCAUCUUCAAAAGCUGUGGAGGUGCAGAAGGGCUAUCUUGCAGUUUAUGUUGGAGAGAAAAUGAAGAGGUUUGUGAUCCCCAUAUCAUACUUGAGGCAAACUUCAUUCCAAGAGAUGCUGAACCAAGCUGAAGAACAAUUUGGCUAUGACCAUCCAAUGGGUGGUCUUACAAUUCCUUGUGGAGAAGACAUUUUCUUAGAAAUUACUUCUCAAUUGAAUAAGUGUUGGUUCAAGUAUGAUAUGGGGAUCACAAACCGCUUUUGUUUUUCUCCAACAUACACUGCAACAUGUCCCUUUGGCACUUCUAAAGAUUUUGAAGCUGCUUGGCCAGCGAAGGAUGCCCGUCGAAUAGCAGAAAACCAGUCUCUUCUUAACACAUACAAUACAACAAUGGGUUUUCGUUUACCAGGUAUCAGAAAGGCAUCAUUUGCUGUAAACCAAUCCUCUGCAAAAGCUGUGGACGUGCCAAAGGGCUAUCUUGCAGUUUAUGUUGGAGAGAAAAUGAAGAGGUUUGUGAUCCCCAUAUCAUACUUGAGACAACCUUCAUUCCAAGACUUGCUGAUUCAAGCUGAGGAACAAUUUGGAUAUGACCAUCCAAUGGGUGGUCUCACAAUUCCUUGCGAUGAAGACAUGUUCUUAGAUAUCACUUCUCGCUUAAAUAGGUGAUAACCCUUUGGGGAGAAGAUCCUGACUUAGAUUAUUUGAGAUAGUUUUGUACAGCAGACACUUCUUUUUCAUUUUAAUCUGCCUUUGUAAGCAGAGAAAGGCCAUUGGAUUGAAAUAGUUAUGGACAGAGAGAAUGUAACAUGUUUUAAUUGAUAUUGUAAACUUUUGUGCCAAAAUAUAACUCAAGAGACUGAAUAGUCUUCCAUUUGCUCUUCAAA